AUGUAUUUACAAAAAAAUCGUACCCAACUUACAUGGAAACAAAGAAUCAACAUAAUUCAAAAUAUAAUCGAUGCAGUUUUAUGCCUUCAUUAUGAAAAUUCGAUUCAUAGAGAUUUGCAUUCAGGAAAUAUCUUAUAUUCAGAAUAUAGCGAUAGAUGGUAUAUUAGUGAUUUUGGAUUUUGUGGACCUGCUGAUAAACCAUUAGGAA